UGCUCAUUGGUACAGCUCAUUGGCUGUUAGUACACUUGCAUGUGAUUGGUUGUUGUGGUCCGUGGGCGGGGCUUCUUUCAGGAAGCGAAAGAGAUUGUUGUUUUCCUCACGCGCCGGCAGCAGAAGCAGCAACGGCUAACUGUUCGGCGGGUUGUUGUCCUAGACGAGGUUGGAUGGCUCCACCCAGAAAGAGUCGGCUACCUAAACCUCUUCCUGAGGGUUUCAUCCUGAUGGACACUGAGAGGAAGAGAUGGAGACUGGGAAAGGUCAUUGGUCAGGGUGGCUUUGGACUCAUCUAUCUAGCCUCCCAGGAAGUAGACAGAGCCGUUGCAGAGGACUCAGACUAUGUCAUAAAGGUGGAGUACCAGGAGAACGGACCCUUGUUCUCAGAGCUGAAGUUCUACCAGCGAGCAGCCAAAGCAGGCAGCAUUCAGAAAUGGAAGAGAGACAGGGGACUGGACUUCCUGGGCAUCCCGACAUACUGGGGGUCCGGACUUGCUGAGCACCAGAACCUCAGGUACCGCUUCAUGGCCAUGGACCGUCUGGGCAGCGACCUGCAGAAGAUCUGUGAGAGCGGCGGAGGCCGACUGAAGAAAGCCACGGUGCUCCAGCUUGGUCAGAGACUGGUGGAUGUUCUGGAGUAUAUUCAUGAUAACGAGUAUGUUCACGCAGACAUUAAGGCAGCCAAUGUCAUGCUGGGUUACAGAGACCCUGACCAGGUGUACCUGGCAGACUACGGGCUGUCCUACAGGUACUGCCCUGAUGGGGUCCACAAAGAAUACAAGGAAAACCCUAAGAAGGGCCACAAUGGAACCAUGGAGUACACCAGCCUGGAUGCCCACAAAGGACUUGGUCCAUCAAGACGCAGUGACCUCCAGAUUCUGGGCUUCUGCCUUCUUCACUGGUUAUGUGGUUCUCUACCGUGGGAUGGAGUCCUGAAGCAUCCCGCUCAGGUCCAGGAGGCUAAAGCUCGACUGAUGGAUAAUCUGCCAGACUCGGUUCUGGAGCUGUCUGUGGACGGUGCUGUCACAGACGAGGUGGCCUUGUUCCUGCUUCAUGUGAAAACUCUGGACUACCAAGAUAAACCAGACUACCAGCUUCUGAAAGCCCUGCUGACCAAAGGGGUCACAGGAAGGCUGGACUUCUCUGUCCCAGCAGGGUCGGCCGGCAGGAACCCUCGCAGUAGGGACAAGAAGGCAGAACCAGCCAGAACCAGACCAGAGCCUGUUGAGGUGGACUACGAAGACCCCGAUAGGAGGAAGACCAAAGCAGUGCCAGCUCGCUAUAUCAGAGGCCCCCCCCUCAGGAACGACCACCCACAGCAGCAGGACCCGGUUCCACCUGCUGUCAGACGGACCCUGAAGCAGAGGUCCAGAGGGGCCCAUGAGGACGAGGGCAGUGAGGAGGAGGCGGAGGCCAGGCCUAAAGCUAUCCCUGCUUGUUACCUGAGAGGUCCCCCAGUCAGCCGGGGCGCUCGACCCAAACAGGUGCCGACUGCAGGGAGACCAGAGAAGCCACCCACAUGGAACCAGAGACACAGAACUUGCUUCUCUCACACGGAGCAGCCAGAGCUCGGGGACGGAGGACCAGUCCCUGUUGGAGUAGGCCACGGUCAGAUCUUUAGGGAAGACGGAGAUGGUUCCGUUCCUGAUCUGACACACUCACAGAGGUCCUGGUUCUUCUACGUUUGGGUCGGCCUUCUUCUGGGUGUGGUUUUAGAAUGUGCCAAAGUGCUUCUGGACCGGUUUGACGACUUCAGCAGCUGAUCGGCAUGUUAGAGGUUCUGUGGGUUCUGGGAACACGGGCCUCCUCUCACACUGCCUGGGUCACCAUCUUCACUGUGAUGGGCUGAAACAGAAGGACCGGGUUCAGCUGUGUGUGUGUGUGAGCGUGCAUGUGUGUGUGUGAACACACACCUUGCUGCAGUAGGGACACUCUCCAAACAUCAGGCUGAAGCUCUUCCUGCUGGAGGGUAGCACUCGGAGCCACUGAAGAAGAGAAGAUUAGGGUUCUGGUGAGCCCAGAUGUUUCUACAGCAUGUUCUGAGGGUGGACCGUGUGUGCAGAGCAGAAACCACCCAGACCCAGAACUUGGUCCAUCACAACCUCAGCUUCUCAGCACAUUUACACACAAACAGCUGGACCAUGAAAUCCCAUCAGCUGGUGAGGUCCAGCUGAGAGGAGCUCAGACCCGCUGUGAUGAGUGACCACAAUAAUACUAGUACUAUAGUACAGAUAUACUAUAGUACUAGCAUCUGUGCUCUCCUGAUUGCUUGUGCAUCUGACCUCUAACCACAUCAUCAUUUGCCUUUGGAGAGUUUUGACCUUUGAUGUUGAGACAUUUCUAUGCAGCUCAUUUUACCAAUGUGAAACAGAAUUUAGUACAAAUUAAAAUAAAUUUUGAAAUGUAAAAAUC